CGACGAGACUCUGGCAUUUUGACUCAGCCCUGCAUUUCCAUUCAUCUCCUCUCUCGACUGGACACUGGACACUGGACUCGUUCUCAGAGCAUCACCUUUGGACUCGACUCAAUCACCACAACCAACCCCUUCAGACCAUACACGACUGCUUGUAUUGGAGAAGUGUAGAAUUAGACUGAGCAGCGGGAUUGUGGAACACAUCAUCCUCAGCCUACUCCUUGAACUAUUCAACGUUGUUAUAUACUAGCUCUCAGUCCUCGACAACACCUGAAAUAUCUCAUGUCUCUGUGACAUCAAGAGAUCACCUUUUUAUACAGAAACAACAAAAGGACCUCUCCACCAUCUAUCUCACUCUGCUCAGAUUGAGAGUGAUUUGACAAAACGAUGAAGGGAAAGCAUCGAUGGAUGGAGGAAGAUGCCAUCAGCCUCGAGGAAGAAGAAGAGGAGAAUGAACGGAGCAGAGACACUGUCAGGACACUUCAUCCACGAUCCCGCUCCAUGACUUCACCUCCUCUUCCAGAUCCCAAAUUCAACCCUCCAGCUGAUACGCAUAUCCUCCCGACUACACUCUACCGAAUACAUAGCGAUUCAUCUUCCAGCGAUAUAGGUUCGACCAUCGCUAGGGCCCGUUCACCUUCCGUCUCUUCACCUUUAUCACCUCCAAUGCCAUUCAUCCCCAUGGCCGAGCAUUCGAAUACAGGAACCACCCCGCUUGAAUUGUUGUCUCCGCCAGUAUCUGCAGGAUCAUCACACAACACGUCAUUCGUCCAGGCUUCUGCAUCUCGACCGAGCUCAGUAUUGGAUGACCCAAUAUUGGCUCGACGACCCUCCAUCACGGAAGCUCUUCUCGGGCCACUUCAAAGACCAGACCUCAAGGCGUUACAGAAAGUUUCUUCCGACUCAGUCAGCCGAUUGCCACUAUCUCACGGAAGUUCGUUCUCCUCAGGUACCGGUCACGACAACUCAUCAGAUGCCAGUGAACGAUUAGCGGAAGCUAGAGAGAGGCUGUUGAUGGAUGCUGCGGCUGGCGUAGCUGUGGAAAGAAGAGCGUCAAGCUCAGAUCUUUUGGAUUUGACUGUGACGACUCCAACGCCACCGCUCCGAGCGACGCAAUCUGGGAGCUCAUCUCCGCCUAAUGGCGCUCUGAGAGCAAGGAGACCGUCGACACUAGAGGAGAUUGUGCAGGAAGAACCCGAACGCGCUUGGGACAGUGUGUGGCCAGCCCCUGGGACCAAGCCUCAAGUCCCUGCUUUUGAUUCUGCAAUCCCCACCUUCCCAAUCGCCCCGAUAUCACCCUUCGUCACGCCUGCGUUCUCACCUGCCCUGGCCGGCAUGCCAAAUGUCAUGUCGGCUCUAGGUGCAGCCGUGCCGACAUCCCCUCGACCCAGAUCGAGCUCACCGAUCCAUCGAUCCCCUUCCCCCGUCAGCCUAUCAUCCCCUCAGAGAUACUCUCCAACAUAUGAUCCUUCUGCCGCUGAAUACUCCAUGGCCGGACGGAGAGGGUCACUCGUCCACGCCUCGUCCUCCCUCACUCGAUCCCCCACCAAUACACCCUCCGUCCCUAUCAAACGUCAUACUCGAGCCCAGUCCAGCUCUUCGCCCAGCAAUAGUGGGAUCAUCCACUUUCCCAGGGAAUCUCUCGAGCGGAAGCUCGGUACGCCACCCCAGAGCCCUCAUGGUAGUCCGACUCGUCGACACAUGUCACUAUCGUCCGGAACUGGACGCCGUGAUUCGAUUUCAGCCGAGCAAGGGAAAAGUCAACGUUCGACCAGCCCAACUCGACAUCCUUCAAUGCAAAUGCAGACCAAAGGUGAACCGCCGAGGCGUCUAUCCGAGAUACAGCCAACGUCACCGGUGGACUCCCAACCGGCAUUGCGUCCAAGAGGCUACAGUAUGAAUGCGGAGCGACCAGGACUCUUCUCGACUCCAGAGGAGAGUCCAUUGUCGAUCGAUGAGGAGCUUGCCUCGAGUCCCAACAGACCGCUAUGGGGCCGGUAUGGGUCGACUUCUUCCAUUGGCUCGAUGAGCGAUCCUCUACCAGCUGUCGACUUUAGCCCAUCUAGCGAGCUUCCUCCGAUCAAUCUGCCACCUGCUGUUGCACACUCUCCCCUCACUUCCACAAGCUAUGUCGAUAAGGUUGCUUCACCCUCCCUGGGAUCCACAUCCACCACAUACCUAUCCCGCCCAACCGUACUACGACGCGCCAUCUCAGAUUACGAAGCGCGAUCAGGGCGUACCAGUACAGGCAGGCGAGGUGGUCAGCCUCUUCCACCAAAUGCCCUGAAUCGAUCCAUAAGUGAUCUCUCUGAAUCUGCAAAGGCCUUCAAGAGAUCUCCCGAUUUGGCUGACAUUCCUUCGCCUCCGUCUCCCGGAUCUGGCAAUGACCCAGAUUCAUCGCGCGUUCGCAAGAGUCCCAGGAAAUCACCCAAGACCAUCUCUAGCCUCCUAUCUGGAGCUUCUUCAACGUCCUCAAAUGAAGUCGAGGGUCUGCCUUCGUCCUCGCUCCAUCGCCGAAGACCUUCUCUGACACCGGUCCAGGCGAAUCCACCCUUAGCCGAAGGCAAAGUCGCAAUCAUGGAUGAAGGCGAUGUAUUGCCCAGUGGUGGGCUUGAAGAGAUCGAGUAUGACAUUACAUUCGAUGACGAAGGAUUGAGCACCUUGGAGCGAAUCUUCCUUCUCUCCAAGUCAGACUUUCCUUUCCACCGGGCGUAUGUCGCUCGAGUGCUCGGCGACUUGUUAUACGAAGUGGAUCCUUGCGAGUCUGUCGAAUACGUCUUGCCUCUCGUCAAUGGAUUUACGAUGGAUGAAGAAGAGGCUGUUAAAGAGGCAUUGGUCAGCGAACUUCAUCGAAUCCUAUGGUACUUUUUCUCAUACUGCCGAAUGUACAUCGAAGGCGAGGAAGAUCCGGAAUCGCUUCCCGUGGACAUUCCUGAAUCCUUCAAUCGCCAGUCCUUGCUGCUUCACAGAGAGGGUUCGACUUCUGCGACUCCUUUCCCGCCCAUGGAAAAGGUAGUCUCACCUGGUGUAGAAUCGCUUGAUUCGGAUGAUCUCAGACGACCAUCCCUUGCAGACACCUUGGUCGGAUCGUCACGGGGGUCCGAGUUCAGGCGACAAUUAUCUUCAGCAGUGGGCUCAGGUAGCGAGCCCGUCGAUACGCCGGGUACAACCACAUCAUCCGAUUCGAACCCAUCCCAAGCGGACACCUUGUUUGACCAUGUGGAUCCUUUCCGAGUGGGCAAAGAUGAUGACAAGACGUUUGGAACAGAUGUUGGACCAUUGCAUCCGCUACCAACUCUGCCUACCAACUUUUUCACUCCUCUCCUUGGAGCCCUCCUACUCAACAGCAAUCCAUCCAUCUCUGAGAUGUGCAGGUCUUGCGUCGUCAAGAUCAUCGGGCGACUGCGUGGCAAUCUUGAGGUUGACCCCUUGGUCUGGGGUUUGAGGGCGGAUGCGCAAUCGCCAUACGGUCGUGCAACGUACCUUGCUCAAACAGGUGCCCACUCCCAUUGGACGAAACCGAUUGACUCUCGUUCUUCAGAAAUCAUCGAGGCCGAGCUCAUCCGAGGCAUCAUCGUCGGUAUGGGAGCCCUAGAGACGGAGAUGCCGUACGAUUUGAUACCCGGCGCUGGGGAGGAUCUGAGCGAGGAAGAACGAGAGUCGGCGGCGAAAGAAGCCGAGGUGUUUCAGGAACAACUCUUGGCUGAAGCUUUGGCUGGUCGAGCCACUUCCCUGAAUCUUAUCGGAUCACUGUGCGAGUUUUACUCUGGAUCAGAAGCUGUAGAGAGGGGAUUUGCCACUGAGAUUCAACGCUGUGUGGAUGGAGAUCCGACCGUCAGAGCAGAGGGCGCUGUGGCCCUCAAAUCUUUUGCUGAGAUUGCCCCACUGGAACAUAUCUACGAUCUGCUGCCGGUCUUUGAGGCUCUGAUGACGGACGAAGUGUUACACGUCCGACAAGCCACGACAGUGUCCCUCGCCGCACUCUGCCGCCGUAUCGAGUCGCCUGAUUUCCGACGCUCGUUUGCCAUCAAGGCCGUGCAAGCGCUCACCGAGAGCGAUCCCGAAGUGCAAUUUGCCGCUCUGGAAACGCUCGGCGAGGUCAUUUACGCUUUCAAGGAUGAUCCUGAGGGCCCACCCCAACAGCUGUUGGAUGUCUACAUGGUGAACGAGAAUGUGCCCGAGGUACAUUAUGAGGAUUGGGAUUACAUUACAUGCUACAAUUUCCCCGGUAUAUGCCUCACUGUCGGACCUGAGCGCUGGUCGGAUUUCCGCGAUUUGUAUAUGAAUCUCUUGGAGCGGGCGAGCGAUCGGACCAUGGUGUCAAUGGCUGCUGCACUUCAUGAGGUGGCGAAGAUACUUCAGCCCUCAGAUGUCGAGCGAGACCUCUUACCGGCUUUUCAUCAAUGCUUGGAAGGGUCUGAAGAUGUGUUGGAGCGACUCUGGGAGCAUGUCGAUGUUUUCCUCAUUCGACUGGAAGAAAAUAUCGGACGGAAUCUGAUGGUCCAAUUCAGAGACCUGUGGACAAAUGGCAAAAUCGGCGGAUGGCGUGCAAGAGAGCAAUUUGUUCGGCAUAUCCCUGCGCUCUUGACGAUCUUUCCGGGUCAACAAGCCUCGGAAGUCGUACUUUGGCUGACUGAUAAAGCCCUACAUGACCCUUUCGCAUCAGUCAGGGACGCCGCAAUCAAAGGGGUCCCCGAGGUCUAUAGUCGUCUCGCGCCUGAUGCCAAGGUCGAGUACCGGAACAUGCUGAUCAGCCUUGGCGACUCGUCCUCCUUCAAGCAUCGAGUUACUUUUAUCAAAUGCGUUCGAGCAUUCGCCAAGGAUGAGGCAAAUCACGUCGACUUUGAAAACCAUCUAGUGCCUCUCUUGCCGAGAUUUUGCACCGAUGUGGUAGACGUUCGACUUGCCCUCGCGCAGACCAUUGCGUCGCUCUUUGAAACUGACGGCGUCUACGCGUCGUACACUGGUCUUGCGCCUCUGAUCAGCUCUAUGAUCAACGGACUGCGCACCGACGAGUCUGUCGACGUCCGUGACGCUUUACAUCGUAUGGACAUUUUCCGACUUCAAGGUUUAGAUCCACCGGACAUUCGGCCGUCUGGACCCAGCCCCACUGAUGGUCCACAACCAUCGUUCAGCGACUCUGGAGAUGUGUCCGUGGACUAUUUUAGUUCGCAGAAAAGAAAUUCGGUCAUCGCGCCAGCGUCCGACCCGGCACCAUCCAUGCCUCCUUCCAUCGAUCGACGACCUAGUGCUGAGGUCGCAGCGAAGAUGGAUUCGAUGCAACUCGAGUACGAGCAGGCUGAGUCUCACGGUACACGACAAGCCGACAGAUCGGCGGAUCCAUUCGCAGAUCCCUGAAGAGAUCGCUCAAAACUUGGUUUCACAUUACAGUAUAGUACACUCAUCUCUCUUCAACCCACCUUCUCUAUCUACUCUCAAUCAAUUCUGUUUUCAUGGUUCGUCAAGCACGCAUACACACACAUACAUACACACAAUACAACACACACCUGUAGCGCUAGUUCUCGUAUUCCUCCCUCAAUGCAUAGCAUGGCACACGGACAGAGAUUCUGAUUCCCCGGUC